AUGCUCAAGCUCAAUGGUACAAUUUUCAUGCCCCCAUUGCUGACACUGAUUGGGAUUCCUGGCCUGGAGUCUGUGCAGUUCUGGAUUGGAAUUCCUUUCUGUGUCAUGUACAUCAUUGGCAUCUUUGGGAAUUCCUUGCUCCUUGUCAUCAUCAAAUCUGAACACAGCCUCCAUGAGCCCAUGUAUCUCUUCCUGGCAAUGCUUGGAGCAACAGACAUUGCUCUCAGUACAUCCAUCCUACCCAAAAUGCUAGGUAUUUUCUGGUUCCAUUUACCAGAGAUAUGUUUUGAAACCUGUCUCUUGCAGAUGUGGCUUGUCCACACAUUCCAGUGCAUUGAGUCAGGUAUUCUGUUGGCUAUGGCCCUGGAUCGCUAUGUGGCAAUCUGUCAUCCUUUGAGACAUUCAAUUAUAUUUACUCACCAAUUUAUCACCCAGAUUGGGGUUGGAGUGACACUCAGAGCUGCUCUCCUUGUAGCUCCAUGUCUAAUCCUUAUCAAAUGCCGGCUGAAAUUCUACCGAACCACUGUGGUCUCCCACUCCUACUGUGAGCACAUGGCUAUCGUGAAGUUGGCAGCAGAAGAUGUUCGCAUCAACAAGGUCUAUGGUCUUUUUGUGGCUUUCAGCGUACUGGGCUUUGACAUCAUCUUCAUCACACUUUCCUACAUCUGGGUAUUUAUAACUGUCUUUAGCCUGCCUCAGAAAGAAGCAAGGUUGAGAGCCUUUAACACCUGCAUUGCACACAUCUGUGUCUUCCUGGAGUUUUACCUCUUGGCUUUCUUUUCCUUCUUUACACAUAGGUUUGGGUUCCACAUUCCAUCCUACAUUCAUAUUCUUCUGUCCAACCUUUAUCUGCUUGUCCCACCUUUGUUCAAUCCUAUAGUUUAUGGGGUAAAAACCAAACAGAUACAAGAUCAAGUGUUCAAGAUUUUCUACUCUAAGGAUCCAUCUUAA